AUGGACCAAUUAAAUAAUUCAGUUAAUCGUGGAGCCGCCGGCGGCGACGUAAACAUGCGUGCGAGGGACGAGUCGGUUAUCACCCGGCGCACGGACCGGUCGCGGCGACGCGUCGCCUUUUUACCCCCGAAGUACGAUAAAGUCGCCAAAAUUUUCGACCGGCAGUAUCACUCACCUUCCAAGGUGUUGAAGUUGGAGGACGACCCGUGGGGGUCAUGUGCCAUGUACUCUCCGGACAAGAUGAAGUCCGGUGGAGGGCUGAUGGCACCCCCGGGCUGCUUUCCAGGCCGGUACAGCCCCACGUACCGAAGCAGCGACCCCCGGCGCUGCGUGCCUAACCCGUCAAGUCGUAUACUGGAAGAUGCCUCGUUGAUGUGCAACUCGUGGUCACCAAGACACAAUGGUGACCUAUUCAGCGGGCUUAACGACGGGUUGCUGAGUAGGGCAGAGGCUCUGGCGGCGGUGGACAUUGGCAAACAUCAGUCGGGCCCACAGCCAGGGCCUCCUUUACCACAGCUCAAACAUGACAUGGUCUACCAUCACGGGGUCGGAGGACCACCCCCACAUAACGCCAGGCCUCAUCAGAUGGGCCACCAUGGUAUGGAGGGGCUCGACAUGCUCGAUCCACUCACAUCUUCAUCUAUGACCACCUUAGCGCCGAUGGGGGAAGCGGCCCCGCCACACCACCAGCUGCACGGGUACGGUGCUAUGAACCACGUUAUGAACCACCACCAUCACGCCGGAGGGCUCGCACACGCGCCGCCCGCACAUCUCGGUCACCCUGCCGCUGCUUUACAUCCGGAUACAGACACCGAUCCUCGAGAGCUAGAGGCUUUUGCAGAACGUUUUAAGCAAAGAAGAAUAAAACUUGGCGUUACACAAGCAGAUGUAGGCAAGGCGUUAGCAAAUUUAAAACUACCAGGAGUUGGAGCUCUCUCUCAAAGCACAAUAUGUAGAUUUGAAAGUUUGACCCUAAGCCACAAUAACAUGAUAGCUUUAAAACCUAUAUUACAGGCUUGGCUAGAAGAAGCGGAAGCCCAAGCAAAAAAUAAAAGGCGAGAUCCUGACGCACCAAGCGUUCUACCAGCAGGUGAAAAAAAGAGAAAGAGAACUUCCAUAGCAGCACCGGAAAAAAGAAGCCUUGAAGCGUAUUUUGCUGUACAACCUCGUCCCUCUGGCGAAAAAAUAGCAGCUAUUGCGGAGAAAUUAGAUCUAAAAAAGAACGUGGUUCGGGUCUGGUUUUGUAAUCAAAGACAAAAACAAAAGCGCAUGAAAUUUGCUGCGCAACAC